AUGGUGAUAACAAGGUCAAAUGCUAGAUUGAUCAGGUUUGUGGUAUUUGCCUUGGUCUUGAUUGGAUGCGGGUACCUUCUUACUAAAGGCUCAUCGUAUGAGCCGCCACAAGUUCAACAACUUAAACAGCAAGGAGUUGAUGCUUCUCAACUUCAACAACAACAACCAGCAGCAGUAGCUGCUGCUCCAAAGCUCCAACAACAACAGCAACAACAACAACAACAGCUCCAGAAACCGGCUGCUCAACAGCCACCUGCACAGCAGCCACCAGCGCAAGCUGACACAGCCGGUGCAGCAAAGGCGGGAACUCAAACAUCAGGUCAAACUCCAAACUUGCCCUACACACCCAAAAACAUGGGUCCAUUGGCCAAAGCAUUUCUCGGAGAGGACAAAAAGACACCACAAUAUAUUCCGCAAAAAAACAUUGAUCCAUCUACUUAUUCUUCCAAGGAUAAAAUCAAGGCUGCAUUUGUUGGUUUAGCUCGUAAUCAAGAUUUGAAUGGGUUCUUGGAAUCAAUCAAAACCAUUGAACAACGUUUCAACAACAAGUUUCAUUAUGAUUGGGUAUUCCUUAAUGAAGUUGAAUUUAGUGAAGAAUUUAAAACAACAAUUUCCAAUGCUGUUAGUGGUGAAGCUAAAUUUGGAUUGAUUCCUGCUGAACAUUGGUCGUAUCCAGAAUGGAUUGAUCAAGAGAAAGCCGCAUUUGUCAGAGAAGACAUGAAAGAUAGGAAGAUUAUCUAUGGAGAUUCAGCAAGUUAUCGUCACAUGUGUCGAUUUGAGUCAGGUUUCUUUUGGAGACAGGAUAUUUUGAAAGAUUAUGAAUACUAUUGGCGUGUUGAUCCUGAUGUUAAGUUGUUUUGUGAUAUCGAUUAUGAUGUUUUCAAAUGGAUGAAGGAUAAUGAUAAACAAUAUAGUUUCACUAUUUCCUUACCAGAAUAUAAAGAAACCAUCCCAACAUUAUGGAAAACCACUAAGGAAUUCAUCGAUAAGAACCCACAAUACUUGGCUCAAAAUAAUAUGAUGAAUUGGCUUAGUAACGAUGGUGGCGAAACAUACAAUGGAUGCCAUUUCUGGUCUAAUUUUGAAAUUGCUAGUUUGGACUUCUGGAGAAGUGAUGCAUACAAGGCCUAUUUCGAGUACUUGGAUAAAGCCGGUGGAUUCUUCUAUGAACGUUGGGGUGAUGCACCAGUACACUCUAUUGCCGCUGCUUUAUUCUUACCCAAGGAAAAAAUCCAUUUCUUUGAAGAUAUUGGAUAUUAUCAUGUUCCUUUCACUAAUUGUCCUGUUGACCCGCAAGUUAGAGAAGAAAGAAAUUGUGAUUGUGAUCCAACUAAGGAUUUUACUUGGAGAGGGUAUUCUUGUGUUAAUAAGUAUUACAAGGUUAACAAUUACAAGAGACAAAAGAAUUGGGAGAAGUUCACUGAUUAA